AUGUUUGGUACUGAUGUGAAAAUUGGUUUGUCAUCAUCUUUACUACCAGCUGAAACAGUGGAAAAAUUAACCACUGAACAAGAAUUGGAAGAAAUAUUGCAAAGUGUCGUGUCAAACUAUGAACAAAGAGAAAAUCAUAGUGUUUCCGAUAAAGAGGACAGUACUGUAUCUAAUUGCUGUGAAUCGUGUGGCUGUACUCUUGGUAAUGAACAAACAUCUAUUUGUGGUUUAUGUGAUAAAAAAAACACCAUAGAAAAUGAGAGAAGCAAUUCAAAAUUAUCGCUUGAGCAACAAGCAAAAAAAAUGAAGUUCAGAUCCAUCAACAAAUUCCCACCAUGCAAUGUUGGCGACACAGUUAGAGUCAAACUACCAGAAGUAGACAGAAGUAAGGGUGAUCCACAGAAUGUACUCUUUGCGGUUGUGUCUAUAAGUGAUAAUCAAUAUUACGAACUCGGUAAUAAAAAUGGCACUCUUCAUCAACUUUAUUCCAGAAAUCAAUUCACUAUAAUAUUAUGCUCUGAACCAUUAAUAGAUAUUUUAGAAGUUUUAGCCACAAAAAAUCUUUGCGUGAAAUAG